AUGUUAAUUGCCCUAUCUAUGAAGAACAAAUUGGGAUUUGUUGAUGGUUCUAUUUCUGAACCUAAAGAAAUUUCUGCCGGUAUUAUCUUUGCUUCUUCUGCCCAAGAGAUUUGGUUAGAUCUUAGGGAUCGUUUUCAACAGAGGAACGAACCUAGAAUUUUUCAGCUUAAACGUGAAUUGAUGAAUCUAUGUCAAGAACAGAGUUCAGUUAGCAUUUACUUCACAAAGCUGAAAACUAUAUGGGAAGAACUGAGUAAUUACCGGCCAAAUUGUUCCUGUGGAAAGUGCACUUGUAAUGAAGUUAAAAAUCUUAACAAUCAUCAUCAAACGGAGUACAUGAUGUCCUUCUUAAUGGGACUUGAUGAUUAUUUCUCUCAAGUUCGUGGUCAGUUGCUUCUCAUGGAUCCGAUGCCUCCUAUCAAUCGUGUUUUCUCUCUUAUUGUUCAAGAGGAACAACAAAGGAGGACUAAUCCUUCCUCUGAUAAUUCUACUGGCACAAUGGCAUUUGCUGUUAAAAUAGAUGUUGCUAAGUUUUGUGGUUCUAGUUCUCAAAAUUCUCAGAAUUCUAAUUCCAGUGCUCCCAAGAAUCAGAAAAGAGAUAGGCCUUAUUGCACGCAUUGCAAGAUCUUGGACAUAUUGUGGAUCGUUGCUACAAGAUCCAUGGAUAUCCUCCUGGAUAUAAAUUUCGUUCCAACAACAAUUAAAAUGCUGUUGCUCAUCAAGUUUCUACUACAGAUGAUAGAUCAGAUCACUCUAAUUCUUUUGGUGGUUUUGUACAGAAUCUGA